AGUAAAGCACCUUAUGCUUGAUGCUGCAACCUGAGCGUUGGUUUUCGUUUUAACUACACGUGAAACGAAAGCUCGUGUGCUGUGGACUCUGAAACAAAUCGUUCAUGAACGACACAUCCCUACUCUGAAUGCGUGACGUUAAAGUGGAGAAUUGCACGUUGUGUCAGUCACUUUUUAAGCAUUUCUCCCGAAAUGCUCCACCACUGUGUACUUUAAUGUUCCUGCGUUUUUUGCGCGUCAUGUCACCCAGUGUAAACUAAUAACAUGCUUGACGUCUCAACUGCGUAGUUUCAUAGCUACAAACUGAUGGUUUUAUUCAUUAAAACUGAUGAACCUUGAGGAUGUCUGAAAGCAGCAGCAGUGAGGAUGAAAACUCUGCAAGACUGAAAGAAGCUGUCUGGAGCUUUGGACCACCGGAUAUCAAGGUCAAUGGAAAAGCGUCAACAUGUAUAUCUGAGGACUAACGCAGUGCUGCUUUUAUCCCUCACAGAUGGAGAAAACAAAAGUCGUAGAGUCGAUGUUUCAAAGCAUGAACAUGAUGGGAAUGAACUCGGGACAACACCUGAGUUUCAAUCCCAUGUGGCAAAAAAGUUAGGAGCCAUAUUAGACGGGUGCAUUUCAGAAGUGUUUUCUAAGACAGUGGACCCAGAACCUGCUCAGUCCAAAAACAGAGAUGAAGAAGGUUUCCGUCUGUUCUCCACAUCUACCUCUGGAAAAUGGAUGGAACCAUCACCUCCUCCACCUCCUAAAAGGAGACCAAUUCCCAGCUCUAGUGACAGUGACAGUGAGAUGGAGAUGAGGCUUAGAGAAGCUGCUGUGUCUGUGUCAGACAUCCUCGGCCCUUUAGCCCAAACCCUCACAGAGAAGACAGAGGGGAAAAGUACGACAAACGUAGAGUCUGGGAAGGAGGACACAGUCGCAAAGAAGACAAAGAAAAAGAAGAAAAGAAAAACAUUCACAGAGGGAAGUGAGGAGAAAAGUAUUCAUGUAUCAGAGAAACAGUCUAAUGGAAAAGGAACAGAAGCGCAAACAACUGUGGUCGAGAAUUUGACAAAGAAAAAAAAGAAGAAAAAGAAAAGAAAAAAGUUGAAUUCAUCAAAGGGCGAUGAUGAAUGAAAGACUUAAUUGUUCGAAAUAGCAAUUAUUCUGUUUAUGCUGUUCUGGAUGUUUGUAUAUAGUUUUAUUAUGUUCAUUGAGGAAUUAACAGUUGACUGCAAAGUUAAAAGAACCUGUUUCUUGCCAGUUCAGCAUUUUCAUGCUAUAAAUCCCUCCCAAAAAAAUCAUCAAUAAAGUAGUUUAUUUUGCAAUUUUA